AUGGAUAAAGAAACGGACAUUGAAAGUGUUGCUACAGCGAGCAGUCAUUCACAGUCAUUCAACUCGCAUACUUCUGCUGCUAGUGCUGCUGCUCGUCUUAAAAGACCUUCCAUUUCCCCAGCAAUCACUGCUCAAACCAUUGAUGCGAGCUCAUCCACGCCCACUAUUCAGUUGUAUAAUAAUAAACUGUUGCAUCCACCCAGCAUUACACCAUUGAAUCCACUUAGAGCCAGAGCCAUGUCUUCUUCUGGUCAUAGUUUAAACUCGAAAGCAAUUCCUCAGAGGCGACAGCAGCACUUGCAACGACCACAAUCUGAACUGAUUUUACAAUUUCCGCAUCAACCACACGAAGCAUCUGCUGGUCAUACUGGAUCUGCUGUUGAUAAUGUGGAUAACACUCGUUCUAGAAGUAAAACUGAUCCUCCCUUUCGCUCACUGGGUGAUAUUCUUGGAUCAGUUUCGGAUAGCGAUCCUCAACUCAUCCACCACAUGAUGGCUACUAUUGCUGUUUCUCCUAAUUUAUCCCAUUUGACCAAUUCACAUGAAAAUAUUAUGCAUUCAUCUACUUCUGCUCCAGCUCUUCUCAGUGCUCACGAUCCAACCCGUUUGCAAUCAUUACGGAGUCAAACGCUUGUGGAUCCCGCAUCUGGUACGCAUGCUUCAGCUGAUUCGAUUCAUCUUCGAUCCAAUACAAAUUUGAGUUCAAAUCCAAGACGACCCAAAGGAAAUAUGUAUUCAAGAUCUCGUUCUUCUGUACGGGUUCCUUCUCCAAAUUUAUCCUUACGUGCUGAUACAUCCGCAUUGAUUCCAACCAUAACCAAUACAUCUGUUCCACGAUCAUCAAUUAUAGGUCGCUCACGAUCAUCAUCUAGGCAGAACUCGGGUGGAAAGGAAACGGCACUCAAUCCAACUGUGUCGCAUAUAUUGGACAGAUUAGCUAUACAGGCAAAUACAUUGACAUCUUCAUCAACUGUCGCAUCGGGUCAGCCAUCCGAAAUAAGUGCAAUUCGAGGUGUUUCAAAACAAACUUUGGCAAGACUGGAUCAUAUGCGUGAUGAAAUAUCUGAUCGAUAUCGAUUGAUUUUCAGUGCUUGUACUUUGUCACAUACUUCAGUCUAUGCACAUUCUACGCAUGCUUCCGAUUCCACUGCUUCUGUUUUGGAUUCAGCAGCACAUGCUGAAAAAGGCUAUAAUCCUCUCAAGGUUAUCCGAUGGCGUCGGUCUAAAUGGAAACAAGCUGUCUUGGAAAGUACUUCUCCUGGAUUUUCUAAUGAUCAACCUACCCAAUCCGUCAUGGGCGUAAAACAAUCUUCUGUAACGUCCAACUGGCUGGUAACAAAUGAUGAACUGGCAGAAUAUCUCGUGUCUUCUAAAUUCAACAAUGAUUCUGGAAAUAGAGGACUAAUGCUAGUAGAUGAUCCAGAAACCCUCGAGUUGGGAAACAAUCUCUUGAUGGAGUUUCUAUCCAAUACAAGUCCUACUGCUCCGCUUUCGGCUUCUACUUACUCUGCUAAACCAUCGUUUGCAAGUAGAAAUAAUAGUAUCAUGUUGCCUAGUGAGCCACAGUCAACCCAUACAUCGCCUGCGAGGAAUUCUAUUUUGCAUCCGCCGGAUAUUACAUACCCUUUGGCAUCUCGUCCAUCUGGCAAUGGAGAGUUACCAGCUGUUGAUAUUCUAAUAUCUACAACCAAAAAUUCAACUGAUUCUCUGCCAAUACAACCAAGUCCUGUUCUACUAGAAUCAAAUCUGCUACUUCCAAGCGAUUGUAAUACAAGACCUUUAUCCACAGCCAGCAGCAGUUUUACUCAGCCUGAAUUAUUAAAAAUAGACUCGGUAACACCGUGGGAGUUACAACAGCCGCCGUCAUUGGCACAACAGCAGAUCCAGCCUGCAACUGUUGCGGUGCAGGCAAAGAGUGAUGCAGGAGGAAAGCAUUCGAGAGUGUCAAGUUUCCGCGGUGUACCAGACUGGUUAACCUCUGGAUUAAGAUCUGUUGGAUCAUCUGCUCAUCCGCUUUCUGGUGGUGUGAAUGCAUCGAUAGAAAAGCAUCGACGUGCUGAAUCCACCUCUAGUCAGCGUCUUAAUGCCAUCAUGAUGGAUAAACCUUUGGAUGCGCCUAGCCCGACUACCAGUGCACAUGGGUCAAGUGGGAGAAGAUUAAGAAGGCUUGGUCAGCCACGUGCAGGUCAAGACAUGACUGCUAAUGAAGGGGAUGCUGGCGGUUCAAUAUUUGAUGGGUUGAGUUUAAGUAGUGGCAGUCAGAAUGGUACUAAACGCGGAGGUCAUCGGAGAUAUGCUUCUUUGGCUGGUGGGAAUUUGAAUUCAAAAGCUUUGGAAGAUGGAUCGGCAUUUAAAUUAGAAGCAUGGGAUGUGUCUAAAUCUGCACAAUCUUCAUCGUUUAAUGGUCGCGUACUGAGUGAUCAUCAGUUACGUCCUGCAAAAUUGUCACAAUCCAUGUUGAUUUAUUCUGCAUCCAAGCGACUUCAGCCCAAUGUGUCACUUGUGAAAUCACGUUUACAUAUAAAUAAGCGGCCUGAUUUAAUUCGGCGCUUGCCUAUGUUUAAAGGAGAACAACUUUUGAUUGACAAAUUCCAAUCUGUACUGGAAGCAUCCAAAAAGGACAUUUUAUCAAGCAAGGGGUUUUCACAGCAUAUCAAGGAGCUUGUCAAGACUCAAAAAGAAUUGAUGGAGUCGAUUCGUGUCAUGAAUCCAUCAUAUGAUUCUAAACCCGAUGUUGGUAAAACCACUCAAUCACCGCUGAGUGUAUCGAUAUUAAAGCUGGGCACAUUUGAAUCGACACUAGAAGCAUGUACACGGAUGAGAAUGUACAUUCAAAAAAAUCUUUCAUAUGCCGAACACAAUCGAUCUCAAUAUCUCAAGAUGGACAUCAAACUAUCUAGUUUACAGCAACGUGUUGAAAGAGAAUCGCUGCGUUUGGUGACGAUCAGCAGCAAUCAUUCUGGAUUGGUGACUGAAGGAAUGCGGCAUCAAGCAAACGGCAAUCGAUAUAAUAAAUCAGCCACAUUGCAUUCGACAACAUCAAGCUCAAAACCCAAAGCAGGCAUGCCUACUGUCAAUGGAUCCACACCAUUGGAUAGAACUGAUGUGCAGGUAAAAAAACAUCACAGUAGCUUAUUAGCGGCUGUACGUGGUAGCAAAAGUCAAGAUUUAAGCGAUGAAUCAAGUGAUUCAUGCUCGAAUGCCUCUGAUUCGCAACACUUUGGCGUCAAAGAUGGCAUUGAAUAUACCCAAGGUUCGCAUCGUAUGAAUCAUCACAAAGGCUCACUUGGUGGAAUAGGAGCUACCGGUAGUAAUGGAUCGGGCAUACAUCUUUCGUGGCAAACACAGUUGGGAUAUGCACUGUUUGCAUAUGUGUUGAAUAUUUUGGCUUUUAUAUUCUGGGGUGUUUAUAUGCUAUGGCGAGCUGUAACCAUGGUGUUUUGUUGUGGAUGGUGUAAUCGGAAUCGGCACAACAACGGUCCACAAACAACAGGAAAAACUACAAGUUCUACUGCCUCGACUGUUCCCAGUGCAAAUAAGAAAUUCAAUCGGAACUCUGCGCGUAGAGCAUCGUUGACAACAUCAACUCCAGUCAAGACACCACGUAUAGUAGAAUCGACUCCACAAUGA